GACCCUGCAGCUCCGUGUCCCCCCCGCAGCGUGAGUGCAUCUCCAUCCACGUGGGCCAAGCGGGCGUGCAGAUCGGCAACGCCUGCUGGGAGCUCUACUGCCUGGAGCACGGCAUCCAGCCCGAUGGGCAGAUGCCCAGCGACAAGACCAUCGGCGGCGGCGACGACUCCUUCAACACCUUCUUCAGCGAGACGGGCGCUGGCAAGCACGUGCCCCGCGCCGUCUUCGUGGACCUGGAGCCCACGGUGAUCGAUGAAGUGCGCACAGGGACCUACCGGCAGCUCUUCCACCCCGAGCAGCUCAUCACGGGCAAGGAGGAUGCGGCCAACAACUACGCGCGGGGCCACUACACCAUCGGCAAGGAGAUCAUCGACCUGGUGCUCGACCGCAUCCGCAAGCUGGCUGACCAGUGCACAGGCCUGCAGGGCUUCCUGGUCUUCCACAGCUUUGGCGGUGGCACCGGCUCCGGUUUCACCUCCCUGCUCAUGGAGCGCCUCUCCGUUGACUAUGGCAAGAAGUCCAAGCUGGAGUUCUCCAUCUACCCGGCCCCACAAGUGUCCACGGCUGUGGUGGAGCCCUACAACUCCAUCCUCACCACCCACACCACCCUGGAGCACUCCGACUGUGCCUUCAUGGUGGACAACGAGGCCAUCUAUGACAUCUGCCGCAGGAACCUCGAUAUCGAGCGUCCCACCUACACCAACCUCAAUAGACUCAUCAGCCAGAUUGUGUCCUCCAUC